UUAGUGUGUGUGAGCAGGAGAACAAAAAGAUUUGCAAAUUAUUGCACUCUGUUUUUAUUUACAUUUUACAGUGUACAAAACGUUUUUAGAACAGGGGAUGUAAAUAAAUGUUUGCUAAGUCACUGUCACCAAAUGAGGUAACACAUUAGUAAUUGAGCCUAUGGCCUACUGAUGAAAGUAUUGCGUUUUUACUAACAGGCUGACUGUGGUUAUAUUAUCAAGAAAAACCACAAGCAACAUACAGAUAUUAAUAAUUUACUCUCACAUGCACCAAAACAUAUCCAUAUGCACACACACAGUACAUUUACAAAGUUAAGUUGAGCUGCGGUUAUAGCUCCACUUGGCCAUUUAAUUGGACCACUGCCCUUGUCCCAGUAUACAAGCAUGGCAGGGGAAUUUACUGACUGAAGUAUGUUUGACUCCACUAUGAUAGGUGACGAUAUGCCCCCUUUCAGCUUGUUAGUAUUGGACCUUUUUCUGGUUGACCUACUAUGUCACAGACUAAACAGUCGAGGAUCGUCCAGCUGUUUCGCCACUUUUUGAACAGGUCACCAUUCACCUGACACAGCAUGAGCUGUGUCUCCUCGUCUGUCCAAAAAUGCACGGCUAUGACUGUAGAUUUUGCCAAGUUGUUACCAGCUUCUCCUUCUGUCAUGCAUGUAAUGCUAUUUGGUCAAAGCCUGGGGUGGAAACUGGAGCAUGUGCAGAACGCCUAGGCCAGUUUGGGUCUGACUGUAUACAUGCAGGAGGAAUUAGACUACCAGUUGCAUUAUCUGGGUGUGUUAGUCCAACUCUGAGAAAUUCAAUCUAGUAUGAUUUCAGUCAGACUAAAAUGUUCACAUGUAUUUUAAAAGUCCGGUUUUAGUUGGACUAAAACAAUAAAUCGAUUAUCUCUGAUGUCAUGUAAACAUAUUCACUGUGGUAGUCCUUUUAUCCUGCUAGCCUGGUUGUCAAGCCUUCAUCUGCCAACAAACACAGUUGCAGUUACCUCAUGGGUGCCGUUAACAAGAACAAAACAGAGAUCUUCAGCAUCGUAACUUUGCCACAUAACUGCAUGAUGUACACGUGAAGUCCAGGCAUCUGUGACAUCAUUGUUAGGUGUGAUUACAGGUGUAGUAUUACAGGUAUUGCAGAUGCAGGGCACCAUGAGCAAGAGCAGCAGCAGUUCAAUCACCCAUGGUGUACCAGUGGUGGCGGUGUGCCUUGCUGCUUUGCUCCUCAGCAAUGCCUUGAUCUACCUAUAUCUGGACUCUUUGUAUCAGACUGAUGAGCAGCCGGUGACCUCUCAUGUAGGCUGUGAACCUCGACACUUUAAAAUGGUGACCAUGAAAAACUGCACCCCCUGGCUUCAGUGUUCACAGAUCAGUGCUGAAGUACGCAAGCUAAAGCUGAUUGGCCAGGGAGCUGUUAAGAAGGUCUAUCUAGCAGAGUGGAAGGGUCAGAAAGUGGCCCUGUCCAAACUAUCCUCUCUGGAUUACCUGGAGGAUUUUCUCCACGGAUUGUCUAUGUUACAGGCCCUGCAGGGCCCCCCGGUGGUGCAGUUGGUGGGGUUUUGCCUUGAAGAGCACACCCUGGUCACAGAGCACCACCCACUGGGCCCACUACUUAACUUGGAUAGUGUUCUUGCACAAGAACAGCACCGGCAACACAAUACAUGGCAGGUUCGGCUGAGGCUGGCUACAGAUUAUGUCUUUAUCCUCCAUUAUCUCCAUAACAGCCCAGCUGGGCGACGGGUUAUGUGUGAUUCUAACAGCCUGGAGAAAACUCUUUCCCAGUUUCUGCUGACAAAUGACUUUCACCUGGUAGUGAACGACCUUGACGCGCUGCCUGAGGUGGACCUAUCCAGAGGCUUGUUGGUGAAAUGUGGUCACCGGGAGCUCACUGGGGACUUUGUUGCCCCAGAGCAGCUGUGGCCAUACAGAAACAAAGGACAGCCAUUUUCAGACGAUCUCAUGCCUGGGUAUGAUGAGAGGACAGACAUCUGGAAGAUCCCAGAUGUGACAUGGUUCCUGAUGGGAAGGGUACCUGGAGGGGAUGUAGUCCAUUUCCAUCUUUUUCAGAUCCAUGAGCAGUGUAAGAAGGAUGACCCCAAGCUCCGUCCAUCAGCCCUGGAUGUUUUGAAGGUGUACAAAUCAGUCUACAUUAGCAUGGUGCGAGACAAUGUUGGCUUCAGAGACAUGCUGUAGAGUGCAUGUCACUUAAAAAGGCCAUGAACAUAAAAUAAAAUUUCAAGCUACAGUUUUACAGUGUUGUGCAGUAUAAUAAAUGCUACUGGUUUUGGAACCAAUUGUAGAUUUGUUUUUGUUUUUUACAGCAAUACUUAGCCACAUUUACUUAUUUCUUGUCCAGCAAUUGUAAAAGUGAAAUUGAGGUAUGUUUAAUGUUCUGCUGGUGUCUUGCUCAUUUAGACUCACCCAAUGACUAAGCUUCAUCUGACAGACACCUCACUCUGUUUGGGAAGACCUCUAUGAGACAGCUGUGCCCUGCAAUUGAGCACUCAAGUACAAAAACAAUAUCUUUCAGGUCUUCAGGGGCUCCAUAAUAAAGUGCAGUACACAGUCAGUUCCUGAAACCGUUCAGUAGGAAGCAUCCAUGUGACUUACAAGUGAAACAGCACCAGAUGGAACCAAGCAUGGGGGGGUCAAAGGUGAAAUAUACUGAGUCGCAUACUGGCUAUAUAGGAAAGUGACAUUGUAGUCCAGUCAUAGAAAAGUCAAUUGUAGAAUGUAUGUAGACUGUGAGGAAAUGCCAUAUCUUGCUAAUACCAAAUAUUAUAAAGAGAUAUUAAAAAAUUAAACUUAACAUUUCGUGAGAAAAGUGGUCCUCAUCACUAUUACAGGGCAUGUCCUACUGAAAUUAAAAAUUUGUUUAUGUGGCUAACAUAAGGAACAACUUGCUUCAUAUAUGGAGAACCUACAAGUGUAAUUGAAAUAGUAAUAAAGCAUGUAAUUAAUAACACAUUGUACAAUUAAAAUAAGCAUUAAUGCGUUUGCUUGCAAAUUCAUUUAAUAAUCUCCAAAUAAAGACUAGACUCAUUAUUUUAUAUUUUAAUGGACAAUAAAGAGGAAUUAUUCAUUUAAGCAAUAUCACACAAGAGGGAGUGAUGUACUGUGUAUCGUCACGGCUGUGAUUCAGUCAUAGGCACAAGGCCACAGGCCAUACAGAGUGAAGUCCCCUCCUGCUGUUCUGGGUAUGUGGGUUAAAGAGUGAGAUUGGCUGCAGGCAUGGAAGUGUUCUCUGGUGUCAUCUAGGUCAUUAGGAGCAAGGAGGCUUCAUCAGAGAUGAACUCAAUCUUGCAAGAAGCUGUAAUGGCAGUUCCACAGGGCCAACAAGGUGUUGGUAGAUCAUCAGAGGUUACAGUGAUGAGUAGGCACAUGGUCAUUAGUAUAUAAGGAGGAGUGGUGUACAGUCAUUUAAAGUAUUCAUUAGAUAGGGAAAAAGCAGGUAUUUAGAAAAAAGAUACUUAGCCCUGACAAUGCUAUCAUACUUUUCCUCCUGUGAAAGACCCUUGAGUCUUCAUAUGAUUAGACUGCCAUUUCAAGGAAGGAGUAACAUUUUAAACAGUGCUGACUGCUCAAAUUGGCUACAGAACACCCCCUAUUAAUUAACCAUAUAAUGAAUGGAGAGAAAGCCCGGCAAUAGCAACCUGUUUCCACUGACAACUCAGCAAAUAAACAACAGUUAUACAGAUCAGGGUAGAGGUGUGAUUUCUCAACAACACAUCAAAACAGGCUUUGAGCCAUGAUAUAAAUGGAUGCUUCACACACAACUUCACACAGAUCUAUACACAAAUACAGUUAUCAGUAGCAGAGCAGCAGUGUUUUGUCUCUGUUAACAAACACCUGCACAUGAAGAACAGCCUAUGUUCUAUGUUCAUACUGUGUCCUGUUCAGAGUCACAGAAUGCCUUUAUAUUAUUCAUUCAUUCAUUAGCACCUGUAUUGUAUUAUAACCCAGAAUAUGAUUAUGGUGUCUUUUGAACACUGGAAAUAAUUUAUUUUGCCAAAAGUUUCAGGGAAAAUUUAAAUUCUGUAACUCAUCAACCUGAAGCUCAGGAAUGAUCAGCCUCACGUGUGAAUGAAUGGAAAUGACAUAAAAGUGUUUCUUGCAUACAGACAGUCUCUCUGCAUUUAACUAUAUCACUAAUAAAAUUGAUGA